CUGUUCCGGUGUCUUUGCCGGCAGCUUCACACGUGGAGUUAAAAGGGCUGAUGUGAUGUUUCACCGCUCAUAUACCGUUGUUUGUGACACCUGAUGCAAGGAGCACUCCGUGAGAAGGAGCAACAGGAGUCCCUCUUGAAAGUUUCAUGUGAUCGAGAGUGAUCCGUGUUGAGUGCCGGCUUUCACGGCUCAUAGUAGGAUUGAUUUGUUGUUGUUUUUUAGCGGGAUGAGAGCCACCGGGAGGUGCGCACAUUAGUUCACGCCGCCUGGAAGAAGCGUGUGAGCGGAGUCGGUCCUGGCUCCUGGUGACAAAGACCUCACGGAUAAAUAACACUCGCCAGGAGAGCAAGAUGAUCUCGAUAGCUUUCCCAUUGAAGAAACUGCGGCGCAGCAGCAAAUAUUUACUACUCGGGACCGUCCUGCUGGCCGUACUCCUAACUGUCCACCACGAGAUGACGGCUGUGAAAGUGAGGAGCGAUGGUAGCGGUAUGAAUUCUGAUGUUGACAGCAGCACUUGGAGGAAGGCCUUUUUUAAGGAAAGGAUCAGAAGGUACCAUCAACACGACUCUGUUGAGGAUUCAACUGCUUGGAGCUUCAACUACACUCUAAAAACCUGGAAACCAGAGUAUGUGGGACAGGCCAAUCUGCACGUCUUUGAGGACUGGUGUGGCGGCACUACAGCUGGCCUCUCCAAGAACAUACACUAUCCGUUGUAUCCUCAUUCCAGGACUACAGUGCAGAAGUUGGCCGUCUCUCCUCAAUGGACCAACUACGGGCUCAGGAUAUUUGGUUAUCUACAUCCAUUCUCUGACGGAGACUAUGUGUUUGCUGUGAGCUCUGACGACAACUCAGAUUUUUGGCUCAGCACAGAUGAGUCUCCUCUCAAUGUGCGGCUCUUAGCAUGGGUUGGAAAGAGUGGCACAGAGUGGACAGCCCCAGGUGAAUAUGAGAAAUAUGCCAGUCAGACCUCCAAACCAGUUUGGCUGUCUGCCCAGAAGAGGUAUUUCUUUGAAGUUAUCCACAAGCAAGACGAGAAAGGGACUGACCAUGUGGAGGUGGCAUGGAAGCUCCAGGACCAUGGCUUUAGGUUCAGGGUUAUUGAAUCCACUCACAUCUCCCUCUAUGUUAAUGAGUCUGCCUUGACACUGGGUGAAGUUGCCCACAUACCACAGACUGCUGCAAGCCACCGAUACACCCCCAUAAAAGAGCAUGGCACUGUAGCAGACAUGCUGAGGGAAGAUCCGCGAGACACAAUCUACCAGAUGACUCUGAUGAACAGCAAGUAUCUUCACGGUGUUUUGCCUGACUGCACGUACAAACCCAGUUACGUAAUGAAAAACCAUCCUCUGCAGCGCUACCAAGGAGUGCAGUUAAUCCACUUGUCCUACAUCUACCCCAAUGACUACACCCGACUCACACACAUGGAGACACAGACAAGCUGCUUCUACCCUGCGGGCCCUAACUGGGGUUCUCGCUACUUGAGAUACAUGAGAAUGGACCAUCCUGAUGCACAGGAAAAAGAAUCCGAAGGCAGAGAUUUUAGUUUCCAGAGGAGGAAAUCUGUGCUAAAUAAGGAGGAUGAGUUUGACUAUGAAGCCUAUCAAAGAGAAAAGGAAACCGUGAUGCAUAAGUCCCUUUUUCCAGACUAUGGUGAUGAUUAUGAUGAUUAUGCUAAUAAACGCAGGCGUAGACUCUUCUCCUUAGUCAAAGAAACAAACAACAUGCUAAAGAACACCUCUGAUACAAGACUGCACACAAAGAAGUUGCAGAGGCGUCGUGCUGUUCCACUACCUCAGUCAAAGUCUCAGUCAAAGAAACCAGUUGAACCUCUGUGGUCGGGGCCAACAGAAGCGUCAAAACAUCAACUGGACCUGCAACAGAACCAGACAAACACAGAGACCCAGGUUAAAAAAGGAGAACCGAUAAAACCAGACGCAAAGUUAAGACGAGGAAAGAGAAAAAAGCUAAAAUCAGUAGGGUCAGCUGUGAAACCAGGACAUCCAGCAAUGCCAUUAGACAAGGAGCAGCCUAAAGCAAAUGAACAACCAGCUGUCCCAUCAGAGCAGCUCAAUGCUAAACAGCAUCAUAUCCAGAGAUCCCGUAAAGCAAAUGAACAACCGGCUGUCCCAUCAGAGCAGCUCAAUGCUAAACAGCAUCAUAUCCAGAGAUCUCGUAAAAUGAACCAGACCCAAAUCCAGAGACUCAAAGACUCAAAGCUUCAACUCUUAGAAAGGGAUGCUCCUCUGCCUGAAAAACUUACAGUCGCCAAGCAGCAAGGAUUUAAAACCAGAGACAGGCAUCUUAACACUACCAAUAAAGACCGUCCUAUAUUAAAGCUGAAUCAGGGGGACACGGAUGACAGAAAACACUUCAGGGAUAAGGAGAUAGAGAUAAAUAUGCCUCUGCAACAGGAUAGAGAAAAUGGCAAGAUGAUGGAAAUAGGACAAAGGGACAGAAAGCAGUCGGAUACAAAAGGACAGGAGGAUCAAGCAUGGGACAAGGUUCAAAACGGGGAUCUCAGGAAGAGGGACGUCAAGGAGGGUGAGCACGUUUUUGUGCGGGAAGAAGAGGAAGACUAUGUAGAUCCAAAAGAUGAAGAACUCAGCGUUCCACCAGUGUUUGACAGUGUGAUCAACUGGAACCAGACCUUCGAUGUCAGCCACCUGGACCUUCAAUUGCACCGAUCGGAUUGGAUCGACCUACAAUGCAACAUCUCAGGCAACCUGCUGCUCCAGUCCAGUGAAACUCUGCCCAUUAUUAACAAUUUCAUGGAUAAACUCAACCAAAAGCACAAUGGGAGGUUCACAUUGGUGCGUGUUCUUCAUGUGGUGAAACGUGUGGAUGGGGUCCGGGGUGGCCGCUACCUCCUGGAGCUGGAGGUUAAAGAUGAAGUGAAUGACCAGCUGCUGCGCCUGACGCACUACAUCUACACACUGCUUCGCUACAGCAAGAACAGCAACACAGACUUCAAUUACCAAGAGUCGCAACCUCACCUUCUGCUGUGUAACCCUGUGGGCUUCCAAUGGAAUCCAGCUGCCACCGUCCACAUUAUAGUACCAGUAAAAAACCAGGCUCGGUGGGUGCGGCUGCUGAUUUCUGAGAUGGAACGAGUGUUCAGUGCGACUCAAGACACCAACUUUAAUCUUAUCGUCACUGACUUCAGCAGCACUGACAUGGAUGUGGAGAAGGCUCUACAGAAAUCCUCACUCCCGAUGUACAGGUACGUGAGGCUAAAAGGAUCCUUUCAGCGCGCUUUUGGUUUGCAAGCAGGUGUAGACCUCAUAAAAGACAAGCACAGCAUUGUGUUUCUUAGUGACCUCCACAUCACCUUCCCUACCUUCAUCAUUGAUACCAUCAGGAAACACACUGUGGAGGGAUACAUGGCUUUUGCUCCAGUAGUCAUGAGACUGGACUGUGGGGCUACACCAUUCGACGCCAAAGGUUACUGGGAGGUCAAUGGCUUAGGGAUGCUGGGGAUCUAUAAGUCAGAUCUGGACGCAGUGGGAGGACUGAACACCAGAGAAUACAAAAACCGCUGGGGAGGAGAGGACUGGGAGCUUAUAGACAGGAUCUUCCAGGCAGGACUGGAACUGGACAGGGUCUACUUGAGGAACUUCUACCACCACUAUCACUCCAAACGUGGCAUGUGGAACCAUCAGAUACCGGAUCGCCACAGGUGACCUUGUCACCUGCCGCAGCAACAUGAACGCGGCCGUCAUGGUUACAACCACGGCAACCAGAGCACUUUAAGGCUGACGCAUUAUGGUAAUACCUGCUGAUCAACAGAGAGGGUGACCUAGGAUUCUGGCACAGGCUCACCUCAGUCACUUAUGCUCUGUGAAACAGAGUUAUACUAAAGAUAUACUACUGAUAUAGUGAGAGUUUAUUUCACUGGAUGCAUUGUUGACUACUUAGAGGGUACUGGUUGAUGAAUGCCGCUGACCACUGCAAUAUUACAUAUGAAGAUACUGCUGUUCACAAUGAUGAUCUCCACUACUAGCUGAUCCAAAGACAAAAUGUAAAUUAAAUGACAGUUCACACUUCAAGGGUGUAUACACACACAAGUGUCCUGUAUCAUAAUAAAGAUCUACUUGCACAUGAGUCUUAACUGGAGAAAGAAAAAAAGUGUUUGUUUGUGACAAAUGAAAAGUGUGUAUUUAACAGCAGAUUGUGUAUUUGGAAAACACAGCCUUAUUUGUCUUGUUUGUACAUUAUGGAAAAUUGUUUAUUUAUUAUAUCAAGGUUUGUAGGAUUUUUUUUAUUUCUAGAAAUGGACAAUAACAUGUGAGACAUGUGUACCUCAGUUUAGUUAGUACCCUCCCUUUUUUGUUUUCAUUAAUAUUAAUUGGUUCUCCUCUUGUGACUGUUAUUCAGGUACUGGGGCCACACAGGCAGGAAAAGCCCUAAACUGGAAUUAUACCUAAUGCUUGUAAAAGUCACUUCAAUAUUUAAGUUCUUUUAGAGGACAGUCAAUGAAAAAAUGUUUGUGCUGCAUUUGAAACUGAUCAGAUAUCAGAAAACUCUGAUCUCUAUAAUGAAUUAUUGUGACAAUUUUAAAUAUGUUGCAAACAUGUCUGCCCAUUUGUCUUACACUGCCACUUACCAAAGAUAAUAUUUAAGUAGAAGGACAACAUCUAUAUAUAUAUAUAUAUAUAUAUAAAUAUAUUUUUGUUUGUUUGUUUUGGUUAAUAUUUGGUGAAAAAAUAUGUUUUAGUCUCUGAAGCUUGUGGGAAAUGUUGUUUUUAUUGCCGACAGGAACUGUGGACAGGAAAUGUGAAAAUUAUUGAUGAAAUUUUGUAUUUUUAUUGUUUUAUGUUUAUUUAAGAUUUAUAGCAGCAUUUUGUGAUUGUUUAACAAACUUGGUGUGCCUUUUUUAGUCUUUCGGAACGAAUACACAAUUGCCGUGUAGGUCAUUUAACAUGCCAUAUUUUUUACACAUUCAAGAAUUGACAGUUUUGUAAUUUGGUUUCUGGUUUGGCCCAAAUGUUUGUUUGUUUUUUCUUCCCUUGUUUAUUUUUUUUUAAAUUAGUAUUCUUAACUGUUCAUACCUCAUCCCUCUCUUUGUGAUGGGGGUUAACCUCUGCCUUAAUCUACACUUCUAGAGUCUCUUUUCUCAGGGACAGUUUUGGUCAUUGACAAAUCUGAGGAAUAAAUUUCUUUGGUCUUCAUU